UCAAUCACAGUUAGUGCUGGGCUCAUGUGGAUGUUUGUGGAACUGCAAGUCCCGGAGAUUCAAGCAGUGUCAGAGACAAGGAUCCUUUGCGCAGCCUCUGCCCGGGGAACAUGGCAGCUCCGUCCACAGACACAUGCGGGCUCAUGGAGCGCUCGGUCCGGGAGCGGGUCCCGCCUCUGCUCACCGACCUGUACCAGUUCACUAUGGCCUACGCGUACUGGCGGGCCGGCCGGCACCAGGAGCCCGCAGUGUUCGAGAUGUUCUUCAGGGACAACCCGUUCGGCGGCGGCUUCUCGCUGUUCGCUGGGCUGAAUGACUGCCUGCUGUUCCUGCGGAGCUUUCGCCUUACAGGUCAAGAUGUGCAGUUCCUGCGCUCCGUCCUGCCUCCCAACACUGACCCUGCCUUUUUCGACUUUUUGCGAGGCCUCGACUGUUCGGCUGUGACGAUACGCUCCCUCCCGGAGGGUUCUGUGGUGUUUGCCAGGGUGCCUCUAAUGGAGGUGGAGGGUCCACUGGCUGUGGUUCAGCUGCUGGAGACCAGUUUACUGUGUCUGGUCAAUUACGCGAGUCUGGUUUGCAGUAACGCAGCUCGUUUCCGCCUGGCGGCCGGACACCGGAGGAGGCUCCUGGAGAUGGGCCUCCGACGGGCACAGGGACCAGACGGAGGCCUGACCGCCUCACGAUACACACACAUUGGAGGAUUUGAUCUCACCAGUAACGUUCAGGCUGGUUUCCUGUUUGGAAUUCCUGUUGCGGGGACAAUAGCACACUCUUAUGUCACUUCCUUCAACUCCUUGGAGGAGGUCUGGCCACAGACACUUGUGACAGUGAACGGAGACCCCAAUCCAGUCGACAUCAUUUCUCUGACUAAAGGCUGGUUGAGGAGAGUCUAUGAGCUGCUGGGAGCAGAGCCUGAGAAAAUCCGUGAGGGCGAGCUGGCAGCUUUCCUCUCCUAUGCCAUUGCUUACCCUCAGAACUUCCUGCCUGUGAUUGACAGCUACAGCGUGGGAUGUAGUGGACUGUUGAACUUCUGCGCCGUGGCCUUGGCGUUGUGUGAACUGGGUUACAAGCCUGUGGGGGUCCGCCUGGACAGCGGAGACCUCUGCAGGCAGUCCAUUGAAGUCCGUCGGGUGUUUCGACUCUGCAGCGAGCAGUUCUCCGUGUCAACAUUUAACUCUCUGAUCAUCGUAGGGACCAACAACAUCUCAGAGGAAAGCAUGGCAGAACUCAACAAGAAGGAGAAUGAGAUCGAUGUGAUUGGGGUCGGAACGCAUCUGGUCACCUGCACCAAGCAGCCGUCUCUGGGCUGUGUCUAUAAGCUGGUGGAGGUGAGAGGAAGACCAAGGAUGAAGAUCAGCGAGGACCCAAAGAAAAGCACUGUUGCAGGGAGGAAAGCUGUCUAUCGACUGUUAGAUGCUGACGGUCAUUCCUUCCUAGACUUGUUGUGUCUGAUGGUCGAACCUCCUCCUGAGGCAGGGUGUACAUUGACCUGUUAUCCUCUAGGGGACAAUAACUCAUCUGUUUCAGUCACGCCAGCUCAGGUGACCUGUCUGCGAAAGGAAGUCUUCCUAAAAGGGCAGGUCACAGAGCCUCUGUGCAGUGCUGCAGAAACUAGAGCAAAGGUCCAGAGCUCCCUGCAGAUCCUGCACCCUCGACAUAAGAGGCUGUACGAGCCUGACUCUUACACAGUGGCGCUCUCAGAGAAACUCCGCAACUUGGUUACAGAGCUCCAAAAAGGCAGCAAUAGCAACAGCAACUUUCUGUUAGCCAAUUAAGAAUGUUUUUUUUUUUUUGUUUGUUUGUUUCUAAAGUGCCCCGCAGACCAAUGUGCACCAGCUGAAGUUGACUUCGGUCUCUAUCACUGGUUAUCUCAAGCUCGAUUGAACAGAGUAGGGGGGAUUCAGGGUUUGUGGAGAUAAACAAAUCAUUUCAGAGAAUGUUACUCAACAUGUUUUUGUUAGCUGCUACAAUGUUUUAUAAAAAUCUGGUAAAUGCAAAGUGGGCAGUGUAACUUGGGUUACGCUCAUAUGGCAGGUUUUAACAUUCCCAUUUUUUUGGUGGCAGCGUUGUUUUGAUUAUUAAUGCGGACCAUCUGACUUUCACUGCAGUAUAAAACGUUUGUGGUCCUGAAUUGACCUGCAUGCGCACAAGACGUGACGUUACAUGCAACACGCUGUGUUUGUAAAAGGAAACAUAGAUGUCACUCAUGUCAUCAUGUGUGUAAGUGCUCUGGAGCAGUUCUGCAAUUUGAGCUGAUAAAAUCCACAACUUUCUGCUGUAAUGUUUCUAAAUACUUUGACAGGAACAUGUCAAAUAAAUGGAGCAUCUGUCACAUCUACCACACUUGGCAGAUGUCUGGUAGAUGUGACGGAUUGUUGUUUAAUUUUGAUCGUGUCACUUCCCACCUGCUCCGGUGCAAAAUCUGGUAACCUGUUAAUUUAAAGAAGAUCAGACAGGCGGCUUAGGAGCACAUAUAAAAUCAGCCUGAGUCUAAUUUAAAGACUUAUAGCCUUAAGUGUGUUUGUGGCCUUGGGUAAAGUUAUAUUCAAUAAGUCUGAAUAUUAUUGAAAAGUCUAUUUUUUUCAGUACCUAAAUAUACAAGGUUAAAAAAAUACAUAUUAAAAAAACAUAUGUUUUCGUUUGUCAAUUAUGAGGAUUUUUCUACGUACAGCUAAUGAAAGCACAACAUUUAAGAUUAGAAUAUUACAUAAUAAUGUUAAUAUUGGAUAUUAAUACCUGUCCAACACCAUUUUCUUUUCAAAUUCUUAUGUAAACAUAGCAGUUUCUUUUCAAGUGAAAGCAAAGUAGUGCUUACAACUUUAGAAAUGGAAGAAAAAAUAUUUCCUUCCCAAAUGUAAAAGCUGACGAUUUAUAGAAAAGAAGGUUAAAAAAACGUUAAGAUGAUCUCUGAUGGAGUGCUGUGACUCAGGGGAAUGUUUUGCAGCUUACAUGCGCCAUCCUGCCAUGCAACCUGGUGUUGUUUAAACGCAGUAUGUUUAUGUUAAUCAUAAAUAACUUAAUGCGUCAUAUAAACCAUCUCUUUGCAGAGUUUGCAUCAAAUCCUGUUUCUAACUGAACUAACUUAGAAAAUGAGAGGCAGACAGAUGUAGUUUUUUGUGACAUCUUUAGAGAAAGCUUUCAAACAUUUUUCAUGAAGAUCCUGCAAAGAUAUGAUCCAGAUCCAGUUUGGUCCAGACUUCUUCAACUAUUUAGAUCAAUUGUGUCCUCAAAAAGCUGCACUGAAGGACACAAGACAGCAAAACAUAUGAGCUCUUUCAGUUAAAGCUCCAUUAGUCUAAAUCUGCUGAGGAAUGUAAAUUAAGACCAUGUUAGGCUUUUGAUUAAGUCUAGCAUCAGUACCUCCAAGCUCUAAAACCAUGUUUGUAAGCUUAAGUCAAGUAGACAUGAUAGUAUUGUUUAUUUUGACAUGUUUCUAUUUUGUCUAAUAAAUUCAGUUACAGCUUCAAAGGUUUUCUCUUUUGCGUAUAUCCUCCCUCCUUCCUCCAGUUUGUGGACUUUGUUGCCCUCUGGUGGUAGCAGAAAAAUACUGUUACCGGUACUUAA